AUGACGGGAACACUGUGGUAUACUCUGGGGAUUUCGGCCUUUGUGGCCAUCGGCACGUUUGUGUUUGGUUUUGAUACUGGCAUUGCUACAACGACAAUCGCACACCAAAGCUGGAUUGACUAUAUGGACCAUCCGUCCAAGGGUUUGACUGGAGCUGUUGUUUCUGUCUAUAUCGCCGGCGAGGCGGGCGGAGCUUUGACACAAACCUUUAUUGGCGAUGCACUCGGUCGAAUCCGCUUUCUGCAGUUGAUGUCGGUGAUUGUUACCAUCGGUACUGUGAUCCAAACUGCUUCUGUCAACAUUGGAAUGUUCCUAGCUGGUCGCGUCUUAGCGGGAUAUGCUGUCGGAGGAAUGGUCGCCACGGUCCCCAUCUAUCUCUCUGAAAUUGCAGCCCCCAACGUCCGUGGUCUCAUUGGAGGCAUCUCAGGGUGUGGGAUAUCCCUUGGUACGAUGGCCUCCAACUGGGUCGGAUUCGCAUGCAGCUAUGCUCCGUACGGCCCCGUGCAAUGGCGCCUCCCACUGGGUAUCCAGAUUCCCUUUGGCAUUCUAUUGUUCGCAGGUCUAGCGACCUUCAUGCCCAACUCUCCUCGCCAAUUGAUCCGGAACGGCAAAAUCGACGAAGCACGUCGCGAGUUCAUGAGGAUCAGGAAAGACCUGACCAACCACGAGGUGCACGAGGAGUUUGUGCUCAUGAGGCGCCAGAUUGAGUUUGAACAGCAGAGAGAGGUCAAGAGUCUGCGCGAGGUGUUUAAGCUCUUCAGGCACAGAGCACUCACAUCAAUUGCGGUACAGACCAUGACAAGUCUGACUGGUGUCAAUGUCAUUCAGUACCUCUCACUAGCAAUCCUGUUCAAAUCGCUCGGGAUCAACAGCCAUAUGAUCUUGGCCCUGGCGUCCAUUUAUGGCACGCUCGCCUUCACCUCGAAUGUCCUUACCACGGUUUUUAUGAAUGAUCAAUGGGGUCGCCGAAAGAUGAUCCUCGCCGGACUGUCCAGCAUAGUAGUGAUCGAGAUAUACGCCGCCGUCAUGCAGCGCGAGUUUCAAAACACAGACAACAAGGUCGGCAAGGGAUUCGCCGUUCUGGGCAUCUACUUGUUCGUGGUGUCUUACUGUGAGUUGCUUCUGCACCCUCCACCUACAGACGCUCCUCUAAGCUGCCUUGUUGGCACCAUCGCCUUCCUCCAACACUCUUCGUCAAUUCCCUACCUCUUUUCUCACAUCAUUGACACACAUGCAGAUGGCUUCAUCAAUUCUGUGACGUGGCUGUACGGCGCCGAGGUGCUUCCUGUCAACCUGCGGUCGAAAGUCAUGGGUCUGGCGGCGGCGUCCCAUUUUAUCGUCAAUGUCGGGAUAACCGAGGCUGGACCUUCUGCUUUUGCCAAUAUCAAAGAGAACUACUACUACGUCUUCGUCGGAUGCUCUUUUUUCUUCCUCAUCGUGGCAUAUUUCUACUUCCCAGAAACAAAGAAGAAGACGCUCGAAGAGAUUGCCGCCGCCUUUGGUGAUAAGGUCGUCCUGCUCACCGAGAACGAUCUCGCGGUUGAGACUGCGGUCAUGGAGGACAAGGGCGUUGCUAUACAAGUGGAGAGUGCCUCGACGGCGACGGCUAAGGUCUAG